CGAUUAAAGCGUAAAGUAUGGUUCCUGCUCUUCAGCUGUGGUUUCCUUAGGAAGCCUCUAGAUGGCGGCACUGAAUUGAACUACUCAAUACGUCACCGGCUCCCUUCCAGGCUCCGAAAUGCAAUCUGGUAUUUGAAGGCAGUAUGUUAGCUUAAGGGCGAAGUCAUGAGGAUACUGGAAGCAUAUUUAAAACUACAGUUCCCGUCAUACUUACGUAUAUUUGAAUGUCGUCGGGGUAGCUUUUUCUUAUCGAUGAUCUCAACUCAAGUUUCCUCUGUCAACCCGAAGAAGAGGCUGUGAAGAAAACUCCUCAAGAAUGACAAAAGUAUUGUCUUGUUCGAGCCUCGUCGACGUCUAUGGCGGGAAAAGCCAACGGGUACGAAGCGCUAUUUAAGUCCCAACAAUGCGGUUCAAACAAAGAAGGCAGUGAUUUGCGGUCUCGGUGGUUUUCUGUGCUGCUCCUGCUAGCCAGGGCUAGGUCUCGUUAAGUUCCAGUUGGGAGCUCCCCAAGAUGUCCAUGGAGGAGCAGAAGUAUCCCGAGGCGGAGCUGGUGACUGAGGCCGGGCCGCAGUGGCUCCAAGCCGAGGUCGAGCGUCUCACCCGGGAGCUUCGUGAAACGACCCAUGAGAAGAUCCAGGCGGCUGAGUACGGGCUCGCGGUGCUGGAGGAGAAGCAGCAGCUAAAGCAGCGAUUUGAUGAGUUGGAGACGGAGUACGAGACUGUCAGACAUGAGCUGGACCAGCUGAAGGAGGCCUUUGGACAAGCUUAUUCAACCCACAAGAAGGUGGCAGCAGAUGGGGAAAGCAGGGAAGAGUCACUCAUCCUGGAGUCUGCCAGUAAGGAGGCACAGUACCAGCAGAAAGUCCUUGAGCUGCAGAAUGAGUUGCGACAGGCCAAAGUUUCGCUCACCAGCAUACAUUCUGAAAAUGAACGUCUGUCAUCUAUCACCCUGGAGAUGAGAGAGAGUUCAGAGCUGGCAGAGCUGCAGCGCAGUCAGCUACGUGAUGACAUCCGAGAGUACAAGGUGCGGGAGGCUCGUCUGCUGCAGGACUACAGCGAGCUGGAGGAUGAGAACAUCUCUCUGCAGAAACAAGUUUCUGUGCUGAGACAGAGUCAGGUGGAAUUUGAAGGUCUCAAGCAUGAGAUCCGCCGUCUGGAAGAGGACUCCCAGUGCUUAAACAGCCAGCUGGAUGAAGCUAUGCGCCUAAGAGAAAUCGCUGAGCGACAGCUGGCAGAGGCCUUGGAAACGAUAAAAACAGAGCGCGAGCAGAAGGCCUCCCUGCGCAAGGAGCUGUCCCACUACAUGACCAUCGGGGGCUCUGUGUACAGUGGCUCUUUCAACAUCUCCAUCGACAACCUCAAACUCCAUGAUGACCCCUCUGCCAUUAGCGAGCUCGACAACGACGACCUCAUCAAAGGCUUUGAGAACGGCUUGUCCAAGGCAGGUGGUGUUGAUGAUAACAGAGCUGCUGGGAACAAGAGAGGAGAAGCUUUCAAGCCUGCCCCUAGUCUGGUGGACGACCUGCUGAGUGAGCUCAACAUCUCUGAGAUCCAGAAACUCAAACAGCAGCUGGUGCAGGCAGAGCGGGAGAAAGUAGCCUUAAUAAACUCUCUCCAGGAGAGCCAGAAGCACCUGGAACAGGCCUAUGGGACUGUAUCGGAGCAAAAGGAAACCGUCAACAGGCUGACUGAGAAUCUCAGUGCGAUGAGGAAACUGCAGGCCAGUAAGGAGCGCCAGUCUGCCCUGGACAGUGAAAAAGACAGGGACAGCCAUGAUGACGGAGACUACUAUGAGCUAGACAUAAAUGGACCUGAGAUCUUACAGUGUAAAUACACUGUGGCGGUAUCUGAAGCAGGAGAGCUCAGGCAGGAGCUGAAGACUCUGAAGGCAAAGUAUGAGGAGUGUCGGACCCAGUAUGAAGACGAACGAGCGCGGCUAGAAAGUGACGUACAGGAGCUGAGGGCAAGUUUGGCAUCCCUGGAAAAAAUCAGCCAGGCUGAUAAAACCGAGGUGGCUCGGCUGGAGAAGGAGCUCCGUUUGGUCAGUGAGGCUGCAGGAGAAUCCCUCGGCAGCCUCAAUGUGGCUCAGGACGAGCUCAUAGCUUUCAGUGAAGAGCUGGCAAACCUCUACAACCAUGUGUGCAUGUGCAACAAUGAGACGCCAAACCGUGUCAUGCUCGAUUACUACAAGGAAGGCAAGGCCAUAGUGAGGAGAGGACAGGAAGGGAAGGAGCAGCAGUCUUCUGUACUUCUCUCUAAUGGGCUGAUCACUGACACUGAGUCUGGAAAGUCAGACUCCAGCAGAACCACAGUUACUCCAGCUCCACCCCCAGAGCACCGGCCCGAGCCCAUGAACAUAUACAACCUCGUAGCCAUCAUCAGAGACCAGAUCUGCCACCUGCAGCAGGCAGUAGACCGCACCACCGAGCUGUCACGUCAGAGACUGGCCAACCUGGAGCUGAGCGCAGUGGCAGACAAAGACAAAGAGGCCUGCAUGGAGGAGAUCCUCAAACUCAAGUCCCUGCUGAGCACCAAAAGGGAGCAGAUCGCCACUCUCAGAGCCGUACUCAAAGCCAACAAACAGACGGCUGAGGUCGCUCUGGCCAACCUGAAGAGUAAGUAUGACAGUGAGAAGGCCAUGGUGACCGAGACGAUAAUGAAGCUCCGCAAUGAACUAAAGGCUCUGAAGGAGGAUGCUGCUACGUUCUCCUCUCUUCGAGCAAUGUUCGCUACAAGGUGUGAUGAGUAUGUGACUCAGCUGGACGACAUGCAGAGGCAGCUGUCUGCAGCCGAAGAUGAGAAGAAGACCCUGAAUUCUUUGUUGCGUAUGGCUAUCCAGCAGAAACUAGCCUUAACUCAGCGCCUGGAGGAUUUAGAGUUUGACCAUGAGCAGGCACGCCGCAACAGUGCCACAGUGGCAGGAGGAAAGGGCAAAACAAAGGGCAAGGGCGCCUCCUCCAACCACUAAAUCAAUCUUGCCAAGUGUCCUACAGUGGGUCCGUCAGAGUGUCUGUGACAGUUGCCAGUCACCUUUGUCCCUGGUUCCCUCUCUCUAAUCGUGAUCCUAAUCAUGUUAUUGCUAACAAGAACAUAUCCAGCAGUAUUUUUCCAGGGGCCUUGUUUAAGUGUGCCAAAACCAGUAUGUCAAUUUCUGUCAAAACAUUUUGACUUCAGAGAGAAUGACUCAUCGCUUCGGCUGCCCACUGGAGUGCUUCGGUCUUCCAACAAAAUGCACCACUAUUAUAACUGAACCAGAGGAAAAAUCAAGAUUGGUGUUGUGCUGAUUGCUUAUCGCCUGUUACCCUGACUGAGCACUUUCUGUUUUACCGAUUUGCUCUUAGUUGAUUCCUCUUUCUUUCUAAAAUCAUACUAAUUGUGUCAAGUGUUAUGCGAUGUUUUUUACUGUAUAAGUAUGUCAGGCUGCCAGAUUCCCAAUGACACUGUUCAACAUAUUUUCAUCUCUAUUUAUUUUAUUAUAAGACAACCAGAGAUUAUGUUGUUAUUGUUGUCAAGCCAGAACUUUCAACUUUGUGGUUAAGAUCAAACAAGAAAAAGCUUUUCUGCCUUAGUUUUCUUUCCCUUGGCCUUUUAUUUUUAUUUUUUUUAUUAUUUUGGUGCCUUUUCUGAAAGCCCAGAGACAAGUCAUCAGGUUUAUUAAGAAAUUUUUUAUCCAUGCCUUUGACAAACAAUAUGCUUUCUAUUAUUUGACUGUUAUUAUCAGAGUAAUAUAACUCUUCAAAUUAAUUCUUUAAACUUGAUUUUGUAUAAUUGGACUUCUUCCUUUGUACACAUGGCAGAGCUGUUACAAAUCCAGUUGUUACAAAGUGUGGUUGUUAUAAAUAAGGAAGAGUAUGCAAAACUUAUUUAAAGAUGUCUAAGUUAAGGUCAGAUGUUAAUAGUAUUCAUAAACUUUUAUUUGUGAAGAAGAGUUUUUUUAUGCAAUUUUAAUACUUGUGUGUCCUAUCUUUUCUGCCAACAGUAAUCCUGCAGUGCCAUUUGUUUCCAGUUUAUUAAGCAAGUGCAAUUUAUAUAAAAAAAAGAAAAAGGCAAGGAAAAAAUAUGAAUUUUAUUAUUUGUUGAAAAGUAUUUACAUAUGUUGCUCACAAACUUGGUCCUAAUGAAUUUGAUGUUUUUCAUUGUAACUCCAGCUGUAUUUAUUUGACACUGUUCAGCCUUCAGGAUGUCAUUGUCCUUUUUGUUUCAUAAGGGAGUAUUGAGAGAAGGUAGCAGGUCAGAGUAUUGAAACAACUCAACUUGUGGUAAAAUUCAUGACUGACGCUGUUUCCUAACAGUUAUGGCUGGUGAGGAAAUAAACCUAACUUUC